AUGUCCUACAGUCAAGAAGCGGGAGACAAGAAGAUUGAAUCGUUCGACUACGAGUAUUCAGAACAGAGAAAUUUUGAAGUUAAAUUUGCAGUGGAAAACACACACACUUCCAGGUUUGUUGAAAACGUUAAAAGAAUGGCAAACACCCAACCGACCAAUGCAUCGAAAAUCCCUCCGCCUGGAUUUAGUCGAAAACAGCUUACUCCUUUCUACGAGAAAACAAAGCUACUGCGCACCGUUUUAGAAAGGCAAGUUACGCGAAAACUGGACCAUUCUAGUGAACCUUGGUCCGCGAAAGUCGGUGACCAUUCGCGUAUCCCAAAGCCACCUCCAACAUCACACAGACAGCUUAACUUUUCCAUUAUGGAUGAAUCGAGAGUACCUUCGUUGCAGGAACGUUCAGAUCCGUCGUUGGGAAUAUUGCAACCAGAGGAAAUGGAUUUGGGCAGCUUUCGCGUCAGCAUCGAUGAUAGCGGUCGGCACAAUUCAUCUAACCUUUCCGAUGGCAUUCUACGCGACAGUCAAAUGAUUUGCAACAGCUUCGAAACAUCGUACAACGGCAUCGAUACGGACUAUUUGCUAAAACGCUUGCAGGAUCAAAUCAUCCUGCACAACACACUGCUCGAUGCGUCGGAAAAAUUCCCAAAGUCCCCAUCCAUCGAAAAUCUCGUCAAACAGUGCAUGAGAGGUACGGACGCGCUCACUGCCCUAAAGCAGCGUGUUGCGCGCUAUAAGACUGCCAAGCAGUCGGCUAGAAGAUCACAUCCGAACGCUGAUCUACUGCAGGAGCUGCCCAAUAUUAUCCGGCAUACGAUCAAUUGUGCGGAGGAUUUACAGAAACUGGCGGAAGAAAUAGUACAUGUGUCGGCAUCUUCCUUCGAUUCAAACAUUUUAAAUCGAAGCUCGUUAACAUCGAAAAGCAUUAAAGAUACUACAAACCGAUUGAAGGAAAUAGAACAAAUGUGGCAACAUAUGCCUACCCCGGAGGAGGAGGGUUCGUCGCUGGGACUCUUGCAUGAGUCAGAGAUGCGUGGUUCUGGUCACUUUUUAAACGAUGUAUCCGCUUCACUUAACACCGUAUUCGAAGAGGUAAACCAUUCUCUGGAAGAAGUUCUUCAAACACCGAACACGCAAAGUUUGAACAGUUUGAAGACCCACUUGAAAGAGUGCCAAAAACUGCUCUCGGAUAUCGCGCUUAACAAUUCGCUUCUGAACGAAGAAUCUAUGCCGUCGUUUGCCGAAUCAAGUGAUGUCCAUGAAGUUCCCCUGCUUAACAUCGUCUGCGAUGAGUUGGAUAAAUCGUGGAAAUCUGAAAUCGAAGCCUUUCUCGACAUAUGGAAAAGCCCCGAAAAGGAGCGGUUUUUACAAAUUUCCAAACAGACCAUUGAUGAUCUUUCGUUCCUACGCCAAGAGACAAACCAUAUGCUGGACAAGAUGAAAAUUUCUGAUCGCAGUAAGCAACCAUCGACCCGGAGGCAGCAUCUGAUCGAAAGGCUCAACGUAUUGCGAGGGACGGAGCAACCGGGUCACAGACCCACUUACACAUCGAUCAUAAUGAAGGAUUACAUCGAUGAGGAUGAUUUAUGGGCCGAACAAGAGUGCUUGCCGAAGGCAGAAUCAUCUAAAAGAACGGUUCAAUUUACUGACCGCAGCAACGGAACUGUAAAACCUGCUAAAAAACUACACGCACAAAAACCAAAUCUUCGAACGGACAUGGUUGAAGCCCGACUUGAAAUACUUUUGCAAGAAAUGGAUCAAUUUCAACAAAACUAUCUUACCUCCAACAACCAGGAAGGGAAGCAAUCAAAUUCGACCAUCAUCGAGAAUAAAAUUGACGGUCUCAUGGCAAUGAUUUCGGAACUAGUUGGUACUUUACGAUCAAAUUAAAAUUCCCGUAAACGAACCAUACAGAUUUCAAAUCUACCCGCCUUUUAUUCUUUUUAUCGUGCCGAAUCAAUGUGAUUCGGCAUAUUCAGCAGCAGCGGCAGCAGCAGAACAUUCAGCAGCCCAGCAUUGUAGUGAUGGGAAAAGUUCCGAAAUUGGGAAUACAUUGAGUCCACUCAGUCCUAGCAAGGAACGGAUUCGCUUAAGCAGGUUUUUAGCAUCAAUUCUCCUAGUGUUCCCAAAUUACGCGGCUUAUGCGUUCCUAAGUCAUUCGCGUAACGGAAGAACUCGCCGCAUGCUGGUCUAUUCGAUGAAUGCGCUGGGUCCUAAAAUUCCGUAUGUGAUCAAUUUCAAUCCUAACUAUUUCCACUUUGCUAAGGCUUACUAUCUGAAUGAAUGGUAGUUAAUAAAUUUAAGAAACCUGUACAGUAUCCCUUUUUUGACAACCACUUCAUGAGAUGAAUCAGUGUUCGGUCAAAACUAGUGAAAUAUGAUGAAAAAGCAAAAUACCUUUCUAUUUCUUAGAUUAAAAAUUUCACAAAAUACGAUAUUGUAUGAUAUAUUAUAAUUAAUUCAAGAAACGAGACAAAAAUAAAAACUGUGAAUGUUACU